UCUUCCCAAGACCCCAAGGUUUGACUCGAGUGUCUCUGCUCUGCUCCCGUGGCUGGUUGGCAUGUCUUUUAUUGAGAAGUUGAAUGAAGAUUUGGAGGAAAAUCUUGAAGAAAAAGGACUUCAAGAUCUGUUAUAUAAGCUAUUCUGCUGGCUAAGUUUGGAAGAGAUGGAGGUAAUGCCUGGGAGUCAGGAUUAUAUUGUGAAUUUUCAAGGGAAGUGAACAGGGUUCCUGACCUAGUUUCUUGUCAAAGUAGAGAGAAGCAUCUUUUAUAUUUCCAGAAACAAGAACAGUGUGGCAACUCUUCAAAGUGAUUUCACAGACAUUGACAGUGAAAAAUACUUGUCUUUGAAAGUCCCAAGGCAAAUGGCCACACAAGACUCCUCUGUGAAGUUCUGUAAGAGUGAGCCUCAGGAGAGCAAGGGUUUUGUAACUGAAGAAAGCACUGAGGGAAAAGUGGUAAGCAGCGAAAGUCUUCAUGUGGACAGUUGUUCAGAGACCCUUCAAGUUAAACUUGUGUCUGAUGUGACAGAGCCAUUGUUUGAUGGUGAGGCACCUUGCCAGAAUGGCCAGUUGAAAGAAUCCUUAGAUUCCUUUGACUAUAAUGGUAAAGACAUUUAUAAAUGGAAAUCACAGUUGAUCAAUUGCAAUCAUCAGAGAGCUCACACAGAGAAGUCCUGUAACCAUAAUGACUGUAGAAAAAUUCUUGAUACCAGCCCAGUUGGUAAUCCUUGUGAGAAAAUCCACAUUGCAGAGAAACUGUACAAAUGUGGUCAGUGUGGGAAGCACUUCAGUCGGAACUCAGAACUACUACUUCAUCAAAGAGACCACACGGAAGGAAAACCCUACAGAUGUGAGCAGUGUGGGAAGGGCUUCACCAGGAGCUCAAGUCUGCUCAUCCAUCAAGCAGUCCACACAGAUGAGAAACCUUACAAGUGUGACAAAUGUGGAAAAGGCUUCACCAGGAGCUCAAGUCUGCUCAUCCAUCAUGCAGUCCACACAGGUGAGAAACCUUACAAGUGUGACAGGUGUGGCAAGGGCUUCAGUCAGAGCUCUAAACUGCACAUCCACCAGCGAGUGCACACGGGAGAGAAGCCCUAUGAGUGUGGGGAGUGCGGAAUGAGCUUUAGUCAGCGCUCAAACCUGCACAUCCACCAGCGAGUGCACACGGGAGAGAGACCCUACAAGUGUGGGGAGUGUGGGAAGGGCUUCAGCCAGAGCUCCAACCUUCAUAUUCACCGGUGCAUCCACACAGGAGAGAAACCCUACCAGUGCUACGAGUGUGGGAAGGGCUUCAGCCAGAGCUCGGACCUCCGCAUCCAUCUCAGAGUCCACACUGGGGAGAAGCCCUAUCACUGCGGCAAGUGUGGCAAGGGCUUCAGCCAGAGCUCCAAACUUCUUAUCCACCAGCGGGUGCACACGGGAGAGAAGCCCUAUGAGUGUGGCAAGUGUGGAAAGGGCUUCAGCCAGAGCUCCAACCUUCACAUCCACCAGCGGGUUCACAGGAAGGAUUCCCAUUAAGUGAUGUGAGCCUGUUCAGAGCUUCAGAAUACUUGUACUGUGAAGACUUAAAUAGUUUUAAUAGCCAAGGAUGCAGCUCAGUGAUAAUGUGCUUGCCUAGCAUAUGCAAGGCCUGGGUUCAAUCCCUAGCACUGGGAAAAAAAAAAAAGUUCCCAGUUUAAUACAUUUAACUCUUUCCUUUAUAUUUGACAAAGGAAAGAGAUAGUAAAGGUUAUCAAGAUAGUAAAGGUUAUCGAGAUAAGUUCCCUUGCACUUUGCUAUGCUAACUAAUGAGUGGACUGUUGUAGUUCCACAGAUGGGUAGAGUAAAAACCUGUAUGUUGCAAUUCAGUCAGUGUUGUUAGACUACAUAUCCCACCCAGCAUUUUUAACUGCAAGAACUUCAUAUUUGCCCAUGCAGGACAUGUUCUUCUUUUUUAUAUUCGCUGAGAAUUUGGAACUCUGGUUUCUCUUCAAAUUACAUGCUUUGUGUUUUUCAUAUUUCCUUUAAGUCCUAAGUAUCCCUCUCUAAACUAUGAUUGUAUAACAUCCAUUUGAGCCCAAGGUGGAGUUGAGCUAUAAUGGACCUGGAAACCUCAUGUGUUUAAUGCAAAAAUGUGCAUCAUUUUGUAGCCACACACCAAGAAGAGUUACUCAUUGCUCCCUGCCCAUAGAUAUUUUGUCACAAAGUUUAACACCACCUUCACUGGUUCUUUAGAGACAUACAUACAUACUUCUUCCUGAGUAACUGGUUUAUUGGGGGUACUUCCAGAAUGAAAGUAAGGGAAGGUACAAAGCAACAUGCCCAAAGUAGUUGUCAGAGUAAAGCUGGCACUGAUGGAGGGCACCUGAGAGCGGAUGAUACCAACAGAGAGGUCCAAAGGCCAAGCUGGGGGAAGCCAACACGUGGGAGCACAUGCAGCAGAUCCAUAGGGGCUGCAGAAUCCAUAUUUGGGCUCGAUAAGCUAAAAGUGCCUAACAGAGAAAGUACUAGAGAAUGUGCUUUUGUUAAACAUGCCUGAUCUCAGCAUGGCACUAAAGUACUAGAAAAUUUUUGUUUACAUGUACAAAACCACAGCAACAUUUACAAAACACAGCAAUAAAGGUAACAGGAAAAUGUUCAUCAGCAAAUUAGAUCUCAGGAAAAAUUUGAAAGCUGGGAAGAGGAUGGAAGGCUACCUAUUGUAUCCAACAGGAGCAGGCAUUGUACUGCUUGCACAUAGGACAGGGAAAAGACCCUUCUUUUCCAGUUUGGCUGCAGGCUAAGACAUGGGUCAUACUAUGGAGGAUGGGAGUGAGGUAUGACAGGAAAGCUGUGAACCUUCCUCUCAUCCCAUAUGCACACAUACUUCUCUCCCACCCCAUGUGUGGCCAACCAGGAUUUACCCUCCAGCAAGAGGUGGAAAGUUCCUUCUCUGAAAUGUUGAAUGACUUCAAGUGAGAUUGUACAUUCUGGCAUGUGGGUAUCCAACCUAAAGCAGCUCUCAUCCUUGCUCCAGUACACAUAAAAUAAAGCUCCAAAAUUCAUGAGAUUAAAACUGAUGAAAUAACACUGCUUCUCAGCCUUUUGGCUAAGAUCAAGUGUAAAACUGAAAUACAGGCAAAUUGUCAGUUACAGUUAGAUCUUUCAGUAUUCUUAAAUAGUCAUUAUCACAAGUAGAAAAUCUGUAAGGAUAUAUAUAGAAAGCUUAGAUGGCACUGUCUUCAGGAGUCAUUGACUCCUGCAGGACACUCAGCAGUAGCAUGCUAGGCAUUCUUUUUUAGCGUACUUAUGGGCUACAAAGUCCUUUUAAAAAAGAAAUUAAGUCCAUAAAGUAUGUUCUCAUACCAGAACAGAAUUAAACUGAAGAAUCCCCAGUUGUUUGGAAGUUACUCAACAUACUCCUAAAUGAGAAAUGGGUUAGAGAAAAUAACAAGGAAAAUUUGAAAGUAUUUUGAACUUCAUGAAUGUAUCAGAAUCAUGGGAAGCAAUUAAAGCAAUGCUCACAGGGAAAACUGGUAUUAAAUACUUAUCUUAGAUGAGAAGAAAGAUUGCAAAUUGGUCUAAAUUCCCAGCUUAAAACUAGAAAAAACACAUUUAACAAAGCAAGGAGAGAUAAGGAAAUGACAGCCAAAAAAAACCCAUCAAUUAAAUAGCAAAUGGACAAACAAUAGAGAAACUUCAGUGGAACCAAGUCCUGGCCAGUUGGGAAGUUUAAUAAAGUUGUCAUUAUCAGGAAUGAGACAGGAGACAUCACUGCAGAUCUUGUAGGCACUGAGAGUAGGAAAGGAGCUCCAUCACCUUUAUGUCACAGUCAUUACUUAGAUGGAGCAGAAAGGUUCUGUCAAAGGCACAGACUACCAAAGCUCACUGAAGAAGGGACAACUUAAAUAGCCCUAUUAAUGGGUUUGUAGCUAAUAACCCUCUCAUGAAAAGUACAGGCUCAGACGGCACAAGUAAAUCAUCAGUCAUUUAAGGAAGACACAAUGAUUCUAGACAAAAUCUUCCAAGAACAAAAAAUCACUUCCCAAUUAGUUGUAUGAGACCAGCAUUACCCAGCUAUAAAGAUAAGAAAGGGCAUCACGAGAAAAUCCUGUCUCACCAUGAACAGAAAUUCAUAACUUAUUUUUGAAAAUAGUACAUUGAAAGUAGCAUUCUAGAGCCAGGUGUGGUACGUGCCUGUAAUCCCAGCUCUAGAGACUGAGGCAGCAGGCUCUUGAGUUCAAGGACAGUCUGGGCUACAUAGGAAGAGUCUGUCUCCAUAAAAAAAAAAAAAGAAAAUGGCAAUCUAUAAAAGAAUGGUAAUACUACAUAGUAAAGUAAUGUUUGUCCUAGAAAUUUGAGGUAGCUUUGACAUUCAAAUAGCAAUUUGUUUCAUCAUAUUACGAUACUAAAAACACUGACAAUUUUAGCCAGGCACUGGUGGCUCAUGGCUGUAAUCCUAGCCACUCAGGAGGCAGAGAUCAAGAGGAUCGCAGCUCGAAGCCAGCCAGGCAAAAUAG